CAUGUUAACAUGUUAAAACAUGUUAACAUGUUAAAACAUGUUAACAUGUUAAAACAUGUUAACAUGUUAAAACAAAUAGCAUGAAAGCAUCGGCAUCCACAGUUCUUAGUAUCCUGGAAGCAACAAUACAUUUUUAGCAUCAUAAUCAUAAUCAUCUUGGAAGCCCAGUCACGUGAUGCUUAUUCCCAAGACAAACAGUACGUGUUUAAAAGCGACAGUACUAAUCCUCAUACAGGAAGUAGCCGAAGCCACUUCCGGUAUCGGGGACCCUUACUUUGGAAGCGACCGGAAGUCUCGCGCCUGGUCGUCUUCGGAGCCGCUCUUCCUAUGAGCUGGCAGCCUUGGCGCAGAUGCUGUGCACACCAAAAAGGAAGAAUUGCGCCGCCUCGCCGACCUCCCGCCAUGGCUCCCCAAUGUUCGCACCGGCGGCCCGCUGGCUUCCAGCCGCCACGAUAGGAAGCCCAACCAGCGAGAUGCUCCGAGGUCCCGGCGGCUGCAGACGAACGACACCGCCGCCGAUCCCGGUCCGGGGACGUAGCGAUGCUUUUGAAACGGAAAGCCAGGAUGUUGGGGUGGCUGAUGUGUCGUCGUGUGGGGCCCAUGUGGAUGUGGAACAUCUUGCUCGUCUUCGGGGUCAUCGCCUUCGCCAGCCAACUGCUAGGACUCAUCUUCAACAAGAGCUUCAGCAGCAUCCAGCGGGCCGCCCAGUCCGUCUUAUCAUCCCCCGACUCCGAGGGUCCUUCCCUGGGCCCGUGUAGUCCCCACACCCACAUCAUGUUCCUGAAGACCCACAAGACGGCCAGCAGCACCGUGACCAACAUCCUCUAUCGCUUCGGGGAGGAGCACCACCUCCGCUUCGCCCUGCCGCUCGGCUACCAGCUGGGCUACCCCCUGCCCUUCGUCGCCGACAGGGUCAAAGGUUACCAGUCAGCCGGCGCUCAGGAGUUCCACAUCAUGGCCAACCAUCUGAGGUUUAAGAAAACUGAGGUGGAAAAGGUGAUGCCCAGAGACACCUUCUACUUCUCCAUAAUGCGGGAUCCCGUGGCGAUUGCGGAAUCCUCCUUCGAUUACUACAAAGUAGCCACUCCGGCAUUUUGGAAGGCCAAAACCUUGGGCGAUUUUGCCGACGAUCCGUGGAGAUACUACAACCCUCGUGCCAGGAACAACCACUACGCCCGCAACUUGCUGUGGUUCGACUUCGGGUUGGACCACAACGCCAACUUUUCCGUCAGCUUGGCACGUCGCGGAGAGGCGCUGAUCCGGCGCACCUUCAAGUUGGUCCUGAUGACGGAGUUCUUCGACCAGUCCAUGAUCCUCCUCAGACACGCCCUCUGCUGGCCUCUGGAUGCCGUCGUCUCCUUUAGCCUGAACGCUAGGCAGCGCAAGAUGGGCGAACGCGGCAGCGGGAGCGGGCGUUCCCAAAGCAAUCCGGUCCUAACGGAGGACCAGCAGGACAAGCUGUGCCAGUGGAAUGCCUUUGACUGUUUUAUAUACGACUCCUUCAACCGGACCUUCUGGGAGAAAGUGGACAAGUUCGGCAAGUCCCGCAUGGAAGAGGAAGUGGGUCUCCUCCGGAAGCGGCGAGAAGCGCUCACGCGGUUGUGUCUCAGGGACGGCGGCAAGCCCGUAGAGGCCCACCACAUCCGGGAUAAAACCAUACGGCCGUACCAGAGCGGACUGGUGAAGAUCCUGGGAUACGAGCUGCAACCGGGUUUGGACAAUUCCACCAGGAUGGCGUGUCUGAGGAUGAUCCGACCCGAGCUCCAGUACAAGGACUUGCUGGACGCCAAACAGUUCCCACGAACUCGAAAACAGCAGUCGGACCAGCGGAUUCGCGUGGAUCCUGGACCGAUGAAGACCGGAAGAGGAAAGUUUGAACCAGUUUGAGCCAAAAAACUAAACAAAAGCCUCUUUUGCACUUCCUUGUCGUACGUUUGCCUCGCGUCCUUCUUGUCCUUUGGGGAUGCUGACAAGACCGAGGGACUUUUAUGGUACUCACCUUAUUGGUAUUGUUAUUAUUAUUAUUAUUAUUAUUAUUAUUAUUAUUAUUAUGGCAUAGGUACUGUCAUUAGGGUUCAUCCUGGGGGGGGGGCUCUUUUAUCACCAUGCUAGCUAUGUCGAUAAGCUCAUCCCACCCAGAUUACGUCUAGGUGAAUAUAGGGGUGUUACUUCCUGUUUACAGGGCUCCAAUCAUGGAUUUAGAAAAUGUGGUUUUCUGUACUCUAACUAGGACUUUCCAUUUAGGGGUGUAAGGAUUCAUGUUGCUUACGUCGGCAACUACGGAAUCGAAUCAUUCUUACCAGUCGGGCCUGGAACCGAUUAACAGUGAUAAACGAGGGACGACUAGACGGGGAAUUUUGGUUUUGUUGAGCCGCAUGAUGAGCACAAAGUCCGGGUACGUCCAGCCACUUUGGCGGUCCAGGCCUCGGGCGUAUUCAACGUCGUAACCAAGGGAGCCACACUCACCCAAACGAGGAGGCCCAGGGGCCGAACCCGCGCUGCCCCAGCAUGUACACUCGACAUGAACUAUGACCCAUAUUGAAACAUUUAGUUGUCGUGGUAACCAAGUUGCAACACAACACAAAUGACUGAUGGACGCCAUUUUAGAAAGACUUUGUUGUUAGCAAGGAUCCAUGCUAGCCCGGCUAUAGUUGCCUUCUGAUGCGUAGAGCAGGACCAAGACAAGACCAAGACCAAGACUUUUGUUGACGGUUGUCCAAGUGUUGGAUUAUCUCCGUGCUCGUGGUUCCCAACUGAGGAUGGACCGGGUCCAGGUUUCCAUGUUUGGUUGGAAAGUGCCUGCGUAGCUUGUUCCUUUGAAACGCCGUUCACUUGGCUACAAAGUCAACGCUUCGGCUUUCCCACGGCAUUUUCCAUAAAUGCACAUUUUGUAGUCCCGUCUCCGUGAAAAGCCUCCAUUCCCGGGAACGUCUACCGCUUCCUCUUUGUGACGCCUCGUUGUCUCCCCCCGCAGGGCAGCGGGAGUACUGCUGAGUUUCAAUGGUUUCAUUAUUUGGGUGAUGCUUGGUGGCCAACAUGCGGGUGGCCAACAUGCGGCUGGCCACCGGUGGAAUAGCCGUGUCCUCAGCUUUUACUUCAAGCGUAAUAAUACUGCGUAAUAAUACUACAACACCUCUAAAAGUCAGACAAAAGUUGGAAAUAUUUCAUGGAAAAAAAUCUUCUGCUGUAAAUCUUCCACAAAUAUUGGCCAAUUAGGGCCACACCGACAACACCAAAGAAUGGUCCUUGCCACCACCCAUGAGCGUUUCAAAAAAACGAUUUUUUCAGACAAAAUUAUCCGAUCCAUUUGCAAGAAUUCCCAUUGUGGUUGAUGGAAAUGAAGGCGUUGCAUCACCAGCAAAACGUCCCAAAGUUGGGGGAUAAGAUUGUGAUCCCUAACCCCCCUAAAGUGAAAAGAAUCCAUAAAAAUAUCAAAGUUGUGAGUACGAAGCCACAGCAACACGAGAAAUACGGAAUGCCAUUAAGUCUUUGCAAAGUGGGCCAGCCUGCGUCCGGCAGCGUUACCAGGAACCAAGUCUGUGUUACAUCAAGUUGACUUUUCACAAGGAAACGUUUUUUAAUGUUUCAUACAUUUCUGGUUAUUAUGACAGAAACCCUGGAAAAACUCUGAGAAAAAGCUGACUAUUAGUAUUAUAAUACAAGUAUUGCCAUAGUAUUACAAGAAUGAAUGUCAUAGUGUUCCAAUGAGUGUGCAGAUUGUGUGUAAUCCCAGUAAUCCCAAUAUUACAACAAACAAGUCAAGUCUCAACUUGUAGUCCCGGAAUAAAGUCGGUACGACAGGAAGCCAGUCGUACGGUUAUGAGAAGAAAUUGUUCAAUCCUUAAAUAAGCUUUGUCGUUUCGGUAUAUAUAUAUAUAUAUAUAUAUAUAUAUACAUCACAGAUGGGUUCCACUCAACAAGAAAAGUGUGAUGACGACCAUAGAACUGAAAAUUCUGUGGUGUUGCUUUCCUGGGUGUUGAUCAUGCUACUUUUUUUAAGCUCAUAUUUUGUCUUACACUACAAGUGUAUUUACCUGUUUAUGUCAAAAGGUACUUUAUAAAAGGUACUUUUCAAUUUAUUUAAAUUACAGAUAAGAAUUUAAUUACAGAAAAAUAUGUUGAUAUAGGAUUUUUUUGGGGGUGGGGGGGGUGAUUUAAUGGAUACUGCAUAAAAUAUUUCCUCAAAUAGUGUCUUGUUUUUAGAUGCCACGCCUUAAUUGAAUCACUUUUUAUUGUAGUAUUAUAUGCAUUAUAUAUUAUUUAAAAAUACGUUAAAAAAAUAUCCGUUCAUUCAUAAUUAGAUUUUCAUCCAAAUGUUAAUUGAUGAAUACCUUUUUUUAUAAUAGUUUUAUAUUAUUAUUUGUCAUUUUUAAGUUUUAGCUAAUCCACUUAAACUCAUUUGUAUGAAGGCAAUUUCUGACAAAUAUUUAAGACAUACUAUGAUGUAUUAUGUAUUUGAAUUUGGUAUUGACGUGCGUAGAGAUUAUUUUAAAAAUAUGUUGAACCAAAUAUUAUUAGGAAAGAACAUUACUUAAAGCAGGUAUUCCUUGGUACUCUCUGCAGUUGAGUAAAUAAAAGUUGGUCACUAUUUGAGGGAAAUAUUGGUGAUUGGUAAAUGAUCAAUGAUUGGUCAAACAAGCUUUAAUGAAAGGGACAUUGAUUUUUUUUAAGCUUUGCUUUACUGACAAAAACCCUAAAAAUACAUUUAUUAUUUUUCAUGAAAAAUGAUGGAAUAGUUUAUUUCAACAAAAUAAUUGGAGAUAUUUCCAUAUGAAAACUGACUUGCUCCAUCGUGUGACCGACCAGCCUUCCAAUUGUCUUCUUCCUCCAUUUUACGUACCAACAGCAAACACGAGGCUUCAACCUUACUUGAAACUUCUUGUAGGAUUUUGUAGUCCAUGAAAACUUUGGUGUGCAUCAUCUGAUUUCUUGAACAAAAUAAAAGGCAAACCACUUCA